AUGGACAGCAAGAACAACACAGUGGUGACAGAAUUCAUCCUCCUUGGUCUCACCCAGUCUCGAGAUAUUCAGCUCCUGGUCUUUGCACUAGUCUUAAUUUUCUACCUCAUUAUCCUCCCUGGAAAUUUACUGAUCAUCCUCACCAUAAGGUCAGACCCCGGCCUCACGGCUCCCCUCUAUUUCUUCCUGGGCAACCUGGCCUUCCUGGAUGCCUCCUACUCCUUCAUCGUGGCUCCCCGGAUGCUGGCAGACUUCCUCUCUGAGGAGAAGGUCAUCUCCUACCGCGGCUGCAUCACUCAGCUCUUCUUCCUGCACUUCCUUGGAGGAGGGGAGGGACUGCUUCUGGUUGUCAUGGCCUUUGACCGCUACGUCGCCAUCUGCCGGCCUUUGCACUAUUCCACUGUCAUGAAUCCCAGAGCCUGCUAUGCAAUGCUUUUGGCUCUGUGGCUUGGGGGCUUUGUCCACUCCAUUAUCCAGGUGGCCCUCAUCCUCCACUUGCCAUUUUGUGGCCCAAACCGACUGGAUAACUUCUUCUGUGAUGUCCCACAGGUCAUCAAGCUGGCCUGCACGGACACUUUUGUGGUGGAGCUUUUGAUGGUCUUCAACAGUGGCCUGAUGACGCUCCUGUGUUUCCUGGGGCUUCUGGCUUCCUAUGCGGUCAUUCUCUGCCAUGUUCAUGGGUCAGCUUCUGAGGGGAAGAACAAGGCCAGGUCCACGUGCACCACCCACGUCAUUGUUAUAUUCCUCAUGUUUGGGCCUGGCAUCUUCAUCUACACUCGUCCAUUCAGGGCUUUCCCAGCUGACAAGGUGGUUUCUCUCUUCCACACAGUCAUCUUUCCUUUGUUAAAUCCUGUGAUUUAUACCCUUCGAAACCAGGAAGUGAAAGCUUCCAUGAAGAAGUUGUUUAAUCAGCACAUGGCCUGAAAAUAAGGG